AUGCAGGCAGGCAAGGGAGUUGUGCGGCCAGGAACAGCCCCUGGGUCUUCUGGUCACAGCGAGAGCAGAGGUCAGGACCAGGGCACAGAACGAAACCAAUCAGCUCGGCAGGGCAACGUGAAGACAUGGGAGCUGUCUGACUUUGACAUCGGCAAGCCUCUGGGGCGAGGAAAGUUUGGAAACGUCUACCUUGCAAGGGAAAAGAAGACUCAGUUCAUCGUGGCGCUCAAAGUUCUGUUCAAAUCCCAGCUGGCGAAGGCUGGAGUUGAGCACCAGCUGAGAAGAGAGAUUGAGAUUCAGUCGCACUUGCGACACACUAACAUCCUCCGGCUCUACGGCUACUUCUACGACCAGAGCCGCGUCUACCUCAUCCUCGAGUUUGCAGCAAGAGGGGAGCUAUACAAGGAGCUGCAGAAGAUGAAACGUUUCCCGGAGGAGCGAGCAGCUUACUACAUCGGAUCUCUUGCGGCCUCCCUCGCCUACUGCCAUGAGAAAAAUGUGAUCCACAGAGACAUCAAGCCCGAGAACCUCCUGGUGGACAGCAAGGGUGAGGUGAAGAUCGCUGACUUUGGCUGGUCCGUACAUGCUCCCUCUUCCAAGCGCCACACCCUCUGCGGCACGUUGGACUAUCUUCCUCCUGAGAUGGUUGAGGGCCAGGCUCAUGACAAAAAUGUCGACAUCUGGUCACUUGGUGUCCUCUGCUAUGAAUUCCUUGUCGGAAACCCUCCCUUCGAGGCUCAGGGUCACUCCGAGACAUACCGCAGGAUCGCAAAGGUUGACUUGAAGUUUCCCUCCUACGUGUCUGCUGGCGCUAAGGAUCUCAUCUCGAAGCUCCUCGUCAAAGACCCGAAGGCUCGACUUAGCCUCAAGCAGGUCAUGCAGCAUCCUUGGAUCAAGCUGGGUGACGCUUACAAGGCUCAGCUGGACCGGGAGAACGAGGGAAGGUUCGCAAACCUCCACCUGUAG